AUGGCAACACGUUCAAAACGAAAAUUCGUAGAAAUAAUGUUGAAUGAAUUCGUGAACAUACAAGAAUUAGCAACUUUAUCCAAAUUCUAUGUCGAAGAACCAAAGCGAUUAAAAGAAGCGUGUGAUAAAGCAGAUAGUGAUGACAAAAUUAAACUGAAGGAAGAAAAAGCAUUAAGUAAAGAAGAAGCAGAACUUUUUGGGCGUAUUUAUGAAUAUUUUGAGAAAACUGGCGUGAUCAAAAUGCUCCAGGACCAACAACAAGCUGAAUUUGAAGGUGUGGGUCAUAUUUACCAUACCGAAAAGAUGUCUUCUCCUGUUCGUGAUGGUUCCAAUACUUCAAGAGUGCCAUCCGACAUACAUAUUGUUGUUGAUAAUUCAAAUCUUUUCAUUGGUGCUCAAUUGGGUCAAGGUAUAGAUGGACAACAAGAUGCUGCUAUUCGUAUUAACGUUGCAAAUCUAGCCAAUAUUAUUGAGAAAGACAAAAAAAAGCUGAAUAUUAAGACAAGAAUCGUUGGUGGUAGUAUUCCGCCUCGUAAAGCACGAGCUUGGACUGAGUGGGAAAAAUGCAACUAUGCAUGUUUACUAGGUGAUCGAUCAAUGAAUAAUAAAGAAGUGUUCUUAGACGAUAUGUUGCAUGCACAAAUACAAAAAUUAAUUUUAAAAAAUAAUCCGAAAAAAAAGCACGCAGAACAAAAUUUGAUAUUAAUUAGCGGUGAUGGAAAUGGAAAUGAUAAUCGUACAAGUUUUCCUGAGGUUGUAUUGUCAGCAUUAGAACAUGGAUGGAUGGUGGAAGUAUGGUCAUGGCAAGCAUCUUUGAGUGCUAAAUUUAAAGAUCUUCAAGAAAAAUAUCCUUCUAAAAUGGAAAUUAAAUAUUUCGAUACUUAUAGAUCAAAAGUUACUUUUAAAGAAAAACAAAAACAACAGCCGCAGCAGCAACCGCAGCAGCAGCAACAGCAGCAGCAGCAACCGCAGCAGCAGCAACAGCAGCAGCAGCAAC